CGCCGCGGGGAUGCAGCGCGGCUCGGAGGCGGGCGGAGGGUGGGGGGCCCCGGGCGGCCAUCGCCGGCUGGUGCGCGGGCCCCCCGACGGCUGCCGCGGCGUGUGCGCCUUCCCCGGCGGCCUGGGGCUGCUGCGCCCCGGGGCCCGGGCGUCCCGCGGCGCCGCGUCACGUGCCUCCCCGCUGCUCCUCCUCCUGCUGGUGCCGUCCCCGCGCCUGGCCACCGCCGCCCCGCGCCGCCAGCUCGGGGACUGGGAGUGUCUGCGCCCCGCGCCCGCGGCGGCCGGCCGGUGCCACGCGUGCCACGGCCCGACGGCCGCGCUCGCGCGCUCCAGAAGAGGUCUAAGCCUCUCCACCGGGUGUCUGCAGCUGGAGCGCAAAAACAGAGACUUCACCUCUUCCGGGAACAGAAAAUUCUACUUUGACACCCACGCUUUAGUGUGUGUGCUGGAAGAUAAUGGGUUUACUACUCAACAAGCAGAAGUCAUUGUAUCAGCCUUGGUCAAGAUCCUGGACACCAACCUGGAUAUCGUCUACAAGGACAUGGUCACUAAGAUGCAGCAGGAGAUCACUCUUCAGCAAAUCAUGUCUCAGAUCUCCAACGUGAAGAAGGAUAUGAUUAUUCUGGAGAAGAGUGAAUUUUCAGCCCUCCGAGCAGAAAAUGAGAAAAUGAAACUGGAGCUACAUCAGUUAAGACAACAAGUAAUGGAUGAAGUGAUCAAAGUCCGAACAGAUACCAAACUAGACUUCAAUCUAGAAAAGAGCAGAGUGAAAGAAUUGUAUUCGUUGAAUGAGAGGAAGCUACUGGAAAUGAGGACGGAAAUGGUGGCCCUGCAUGCACAGCAAGACCGGGCCGUCACCCAGACCGACAGGAAGAUCGACACGGAAGUUGCUGGCCUUAAAACCAUGCUGGAAUCACACAAGCUGGAUAACAUUAAAUAUCUCGCCGGGUCUGUAUUUACGUGCCUGACAGUCGCGCUGGGAUUCUACCGCCUCUGGAUAUAGUGACGCGGCCAUUGGAAGAAAUCCCUGCUUGGGCCUUAAGCAAUGCCAGAUGGUUGCCUUCCCCCUCUCUCCGCCAUUCAGAUUCGAACCCUGAUUUUGAUUGAAUGCAGAUUAUUUAUUUUAUGUAAAUAUGGACAUAAACUAAGGGCGAGCAGCCAGAAGCCCCCCGCCAUGUCUGCUCUGGUCUCUGCUGUGGCCCGGACCCAGCCCCGCAGUGACGGUUUCAGGUCUAGUCAUGAACCCUUCGCUGUAUCAGGGACUGGCGUCUCCCGCUCUCAGGCGGCCGUGGCUGUUCUGCAGAUGGUGGUCACUGAGCCGGGCGGGAACCCCUCCGCUCCCCAUCCCGGCUCCUCACCGCCUCCCUUCUCACUCCUGAGGCGUCCUCUGGGGAGCGCUCCUCUGAGAGAGACGCUGAACUCCCCACCCAGAGCUUUCUAUUCGCACCUCCGUGGACUCAAGUCAUUGUUCUGAUUCAUUUCUACCUGCCUUCCAGCCAGGCCUGCGCAUUCCCCAACGGAGUGUGUGUGUGCUGGCUCCCUCCCUCCCUCCCUCCCUCCCUC